AUGGAUUGAUUGGGGAAUGGGAAGGAGGCUCCCAUCUGUACUCCAGCAUUUCCCUCAUUCUCUUUCCAUUCACAGUUUGAAGCCUUUUGCUCAGGUGGCCUGGUCCCAGGCUGGAGCCUGAUCGUCCAGGGUCAGACCAACUCCAAAGAUGAUGAGUUUGAAAUAAACUUCCUCUCUGAGUCAGGUGACAUCGCUUUCCACUUCAAACCCCGGUUCUCCAAUGCUACCUUGGUCUGCAACUCCUUCCAGACCAGUCAUUGGGGUGAAGAGGAAGUUUUCAAUGUCUUCCCUCUGGAACUAAAGGAGCCUUUUGAGAUUGAAAUCUUUUCAGACUCAGAGUAUUUCCAUGUCUUCAUCCAAGAGAACAAGGUGGCACAGUAUGAGCACCGACACAAACCACUGGCCUCCAUCAACAAAGUGCAAGUGUUGAACGACCUCAGAUUCCCUCUGGUGGAGCUUUCCAAGAAGCGCCUUUAUCUGGG